AUGAAUCCGGAUCCCACAAAACGAAGGGAAAUGAAGAUGGCCGUGUUUGUUAUCAGUGCAAAACGAAAAGGAUGGGCAAGGAUCACCCACUCCGAAUGGGCAUCUGAAGAUUCCUUUUCCGCCAGCGUCGGUGCUGGAGCCGCAAAGUCCAAAAAUGCAGCCGCCCACGCCUCGUUCAAGCGAUUACCGUUCAACUUUUGCUCGUUGUCUCUCCAGCCGUUCUCACACCCCGUCUGUACUUCGGCCGGUAUAAUCUUCGACCUGACACAUAUCCUUCCUUGGCUGAAGAAACAUGGUACAAAUCCGGUGAAUGGGGAACCGCUGAAAAGCUCCGAUUUGAUCAAACUGAAUUUCGCAAAGAACGAUGCUGGCGAAUACGUUGAUCCGGUCACCUUCAAAGUGUUUACGGAUAACACGCACAUCGUUGCGCUCAAACCGACGGGGAAUGUAUUUGCUUGGGAUACGGUGGAGAAGCUCAAUAUCAAGGAGAAAAUGUGGAGAGAUCUGGUUUCGGAUCAAGAAUUUACAAGAAAGGAUAUCAUCACACUGCAAGAUCCGCAAAAUAUUGAAUCGAGAAAUCUUAACUCGUUUAAAUACUUGAAAGAUGGGGAGAAUGCGCAGCAAGGGGAGCAAGGCGGCAGCCUCAAUCUUGAAGCUAUGGGGAGUUCGGCGAAGAUCCUAAGAGCAAAAGAGGCGGUUGCAAAAGCUCGGGCAGAACGGGAGCAAAAGAACGGUUCGACAGCGAUCUCUCAGCCAAAAGGAAGAGGCUCUGGCGUGACAAAGUCCGGUACAGCGAACGUCUCUAAAACUAUUGGAAAGCAAACUCCAUUUAAUGCUGCUAGACAUACCACCGGUUUGGCAGCAGCAUCAUUCACAAGCACUGGAUUGACGCCCCACACCUCCGCAGACCUUGCGCUUCUCACAGACGAACAGUAUAUGCUGAAGCGCGGCAGGGUGAAGAUAAAAGGCUAUGCGCGUAUUUCGACGAACCUAGGAGACCUCAACCUGGAACUCCGCACUGAACACGCUCCAAAGGCAGUAUGGAACUUCAUUCAAUUGGCCAAAAAGGGAUACUACAAGGGUGUCAUAUUCCAUCGCAACAUCAAAGGCUUCAUGAUUCAAGGCGGCGACCCAACAGGAACUGGAAGAGGGGGCGAGAGUAUCUGGGGCAAAAACUUCGCUGAUGAGACCAUUGGACCACUAAAACACGACUCGAGAGGGACACUGAGCAUGGCGAACAAAGGGAAAGAUACAAACAGUAGCCAAUUGUGA